AUGAGUCUCAUCUUUCUGCUAUGUGUCAUCCUUUUGAGAGGUUUUGAAGUGGAUGCAUUAUCCUAUGAUUAUUCUGCAAGUAUUGAAUGUCUUACACAACCAUUGAAGCCUCAAUACAACGGAGGAAUAAUCCGAAACCCAGAUCUAAAUAAUGGACUUGAAGGAUGGAAUUCAUUUGGGGAUGCAAAAAUAGAACACAGAGAAUCAUCAGGCAACAAAUAUGUGGUAGCACAUAGCAGAAAACAUGCACAUGACAGUGUCUCUCAAAAGAUUUCUAUCGAAAAGGGAAAACAUUAUACUUUGUCUGCUUGGAUACAAGUAAGUACAGGGAAUGUCCUUGUAACUGCAAUUGUGAAAACAAGCAAAGAAUACAACUUUGCUGGUGCUAUUUUUGCUGAGAGUAAGUGUUGGUCUAUGCUUAAGGGUGGUUUCACAGCUCAAGAUUCAGGACCAGCAGAGCUCUAUUUUGAGGGCAAUAAUACCUCUGUCGAAAAAUGGAUAGACAACGUUUCCUUACAACCAUUCACAGAUAAAGAAUGGAGUUCUCAUCAAGAUCAGAGCACUGAGCAGAAUCGUAAGAGGAAGGUAUUAAUCCAAGCACAGGAUGAACAAGGAAAGCCAUUAGCAAACGCAAAGAUAUUAUUUCAAAUGAAGAAGGCAAGUUUUCCGUUUGGGAGUUCGAUGAAUAAAUACAUCCUAAACAAUGCAUUAUACCAAAACUGGUUCGCCUCUAGAUUCACAGUGACAGCGUUUGAAAACGAAAUGAAAUGGUACAGCACUGAAAGUGUGCAAGGUAAGGAAGACUACACGACAGCCGAUGCUAUGUUGCAGUUUGCUAAGAACCACAACAUAGAUGUUCGAGGCCACAACGUAUUCUGGGAUGAUCCUAGUUUCCAACCUGGUUGGGUUCCUUCACUGUCUCCAACCCAACUAACUUCUGCAACAGAACAGAGGUUCAAAUCUGUCGUGUCAAAAUACAAGGGCAAGGUUAUUGCAUGGGAUGUUGUUAAUGAAAAUCUACACUUUUCGUUCUACGAAAGUAAACUUGGACCAAACUUUUCGAGCAAAAUUUUCGAGGAGGUUCAUAAUGUUGACGCAGGAACCACUUUGUUUCUGAACGAGUAUAACACCAUUGAGGACAAUAGAGAUAGUGUUGCAAGCCCAGCAAGGUACGUCCAGAAGAUUAAACAAAUUCGAAGUUAUAAAAAGAAUAGUGCAAUCCCUUUGGGAAUUGGGUUGGAGUCCCACUUCGGUGAUAAGGGUAUCAAUUUUCCAUACCUUAGAGCAUCUUUAGAUUUUCUUGGUGCCACUCGUUUGCCCAUUUGGAUUACAGAAUUUGAUGUUGCAAAUCAACCUAGACAGGUACAAUACUUUGAGCUUGGUCUUAAAGAGCUACAUAGUCACCCUAUGGUUAAAGGUAUUGUGAUGUGGACAGCCUUGUCACCACAAGGUUGCUACAGAAUUUGCUUAACAGAUAACAAUUUCAAAAACUUACCAGCAGGGAAGGUUGUGGACAGAUUUCUUGCUCAGUGGAAACCAAAGAAUUUGUCUGGAGUUACAGAUAAAAAUGGAUACCUUGAGCUCUCUCUUUUUCAUGGUGAUUACGAAAUGAAGAUAAGUCACUCUGUCAAAAACAAUAGCUCUUUCUCACAACUCCUAAACGUAUCUCCCCAAAAUCAAUCAAACACAAUAAAACAAUUUGUAAAGCUUUCUGUGAAGUAA